GAGCCCUUCUCGGCUCGGCUCCGCACGGCUCGGCACGGGUUGCCAUGACAAGCAUUUUCUCCCGCUAGCUCCGGGUCCGUUCCCUUUAUAUCCCCCCCCCCCUUCCUCUUUUCCUCCUUCCCAUGGCCAGCCGAGGGGGCUCCGUGGCCAACCGGGCGCUGCAGGGACCGAGCUCCAGUUGCUGUGGUAUCCAGGGAGCCCUCCUCCUUCUGCAGGAGAUGCACGCUGGUCGUUGCUAAGGUCGCCUCCGCGGUAACAUGCACAUCCUGUUUACACCUUUAUCCGGAGAAGUUGGGCUCGGAUAGAGGCACCCGCUUCACCCGGGCAGCCCCCAGGGAAGGGGCCAUCCCGAGCAUCCCCCCAACAGAGCCUCGAAGGAAGGUGCUGCAGGAGCCACCAGCCGCCGCCGCGCCGGCAAGAUGACGAACAACGUGGCCGACCACCACCCCGGGAACUCGGUUGCUGAAGGCAACCAUGAGGGGGACUUUGGUUGCUCCGUGGUGGAGCUCAGGAACCUCAUGGAGCUGAGGAGCGCCGAGGCGGUCGCCCGGCUCAAUGACUCCUAUGGCAGUGUGCAGAAUGUCUGCAAGAGGUUGAAGACGUCGCCAGUGGAAGGCCUGUCUGGGAACCCGACCGACCUGGAGAAGAGGCGGCAGGUCUUCGGGCAGAACUUCAUUCCUCCCAAAAAGGCCAAGACGUUCCUGCAGUUAGUGUGGGAAGCGCUCCAGGAUGUCACGCUCAUCAUCUUGGAAAUCGCAGCCAUAGUCUCCUUGGGCCUGUCCUUCUACCACCCGCCGGGUGGUGACAAUGAACUGUGCGGCCAGUCUACGGGUGGUGUGGAGGACGAGGGCGAGUCGCAGGCCGGCUGGAUCGAGGGGGCAGCGAUCUUGUUCUCGGUGAUCAUCGUGGUGCUGGUGACGGCUUUCAAUGACUGGAGCAAGGAGAAGCAGUUCCGGGGCCUCCAGAGCCGCAUCGAGCAGGAGCAGAAGUUCACGGUCAUUCGCAAGGGGCAGGUCAUUCAGAUCCCAGUGGCAGAGAUCGUGGUGGGAGACAUCGCGCAGAUCAAGUACGGUGAUCUCUUGCCAGCAGAUGGGAUCCUGAUCCAGGGCAAUGACCUGAAAAUAGAUGAGAGCUCCCUGACGGGGGAGUCAGACCAAGUCAAGAAAUCCCUGGAAAAAGACCCCAUGCUGCUCUCAGGUACCCAUGUGAUGGAGGGCUCUGGCAGGAUGGUGGUGACUGCUGUGGGUGUCAACUCCCAGACAGGAAUCAUCUUCACCCUUCUGGGUGCAGGAGAAGGAGAUGAGGAGAAGAAGGUGAAGAAAGGUAAAAAAACCGGAGCCCCCGAAAAUCGCAACAAAGCUAAAACUCAGGAUGGUGUGGCCUUAGAGAUCCAGCCCCUGAAGAGCCAGGAAGGGGUGGAAAAUGAGGAGAAGGAGAAGAAGAAGGUGAAGGUGCCUAAGAAGGAGAAGUCUGUGCUGCAAGGGAAGCUCACACGCCUGGCAGUCCAGAUCGGGAAGGCGGGGCUCAUCAUGUCAGCCAUCACGGUCAUCAUCUUGGUGCUGUACUUUGUGAUCGACACGUUUGGGGUGCAGCGGCGGCCCUGGCUGGCAGAAUGCACCCCCAUUUACAUCCAGUACUUCGUCAAGUUCUUCAUCAUCGGUGUCACCGUGUUGGUGGUGGCUGUGCCCGAAGGGCUCCCGCUGGCAGUCACCAUCUCCCUGGCCUACUCUGUGAAGAAAAUGAUGAAGGACAACAACCUGGUGAGACACUUGGAUGCGUGUGAGACCAUGGGCAAUGCCACUGCAAUCUGCUCGGACAAGACGGGCACGCUCACCAUGAACCGCAUGACGGUGGUGCAGGCCUAUGUGGGGGACACCCACUAUCGCCAGAUCCCCGACCCCGAAGCCAUCCUGCCCAAAAUCCUGGACCUCAUUGUGAACGGUGUCGCCAUCAACUCAGCCUACACAUCCAAGAUCCUGCCACCCGAGAAGGAAGGGGGGCUACCCCGGCAAGUGGGGAACAAGACCGAGUGUGCCCUGCUGGGUUUCGUGCUGGACCUGAAGCAGGAUUACCAGGCUGUGCGGAACGAGGUGCCAGAGGAGAAGCUCUACAAGGUCUACACCUUCAACUCGGUGCGCAAGUCCAUGAGCACAGUCCUGAAGAACGGCAACGGCGGCUUCCGCAUGUACAGCAAAGGAGCCUCCGAGAUCAUCCUCCGCAAGUGCACCAAGAUCCUGGACAAGAACGGUGACCCCCGGGUGUUCAAGGUGAAGGACCGGGAUGAGAUGGUGAAGAAGGUGAUAGAGCCCAUGGCCUGCCACGGGCUGCGCACCAUCUGCCUGGCGUUCCGGGACUUCCCUGCCGACGCCGAGCCCGACUGGGACAGCGAGAACGAGAUCCUGUCCGACCUCACCUGCAUUGCUGUGGUGGGGAUAGAGGACCCUGUGCGGCCAGAGGUACCAGAUGCCAUCCUGAAGUGCCAGCGUGCUGGCAUCACUGUCCGGAUGGUGACUGGGGACAACAUCAACACCGCCCGUGCCAUCGCCACCAAGUGUGGCAUCCUGCUGCCAGGGGAGGACUUCUUGUGCCUGGAGGGGAAGGAGUUCAACCGGCUCAUCCGCAACGAGAAGGGAGAGGUGGAACAGGAGCAGUUGGACAAGAUCUGGCCCAAGCUGCGUGUGCUGGCCCGCUCCUCCCCAACAGAUAAGCACACGCUGGUGAAAGGAAUCAUCGACAGCACCAUUGGUGACCAGAGGCAGGUGGUGGCUGUGACCGGGGACGGGACCAACGAUGGCCCAGCUCUGAAGAAAGCUGAUGUUGGCUUUGCCAUGGGCAUCGCAGGCACAGACGUGGCGAAGGAGGCUUCGGACAUCAUCCUGACGGAUGACAACUUCACCAGCAUCGUCAAGGCGGUGAUGUGGGGACGCAACGUCUACGACAGCAUCUCCAAGUUCUUGCAGUUCCAGCUGACUGUCAACGUGGUGGCCGUCAUCGUGGCCUUCACGGGGGCCUGCAUCACGCAGGACUCACCCCUGAAGGCUGUCCAGAUGCUGUGGGUGAACCUGAUCAUGGACACCUUCGCCUCCUUAGCCCUGGCCACGGAACCCCCAUCCGAGGCCCUGCUGCUGCGCAAGCCCUACGGCCGCAACAAGCCGCUCAUCUCCCGCACCAUGAUGAAGAACAUCCUGGGGCACGCCGUGUACCAGCUGACCAUCAUUUUCACACUGCUUUUUGCAGGGGAGAGGUUUUUUGACAUCGACAGCGGCCGCAAUGCCCCGCUGCACUCGCCGCCCACCGAGCACUACACCAUCGUCUUCAACACCUUUGUCAUGAUGCAGUUGUUCAACGAGAUCAACGCCCGCAAGAUCCACGGCGAGAGGAACGUCUUUGAGUCCAUCUACCGCAACCCCAUCUUCUGCUCUGUGGUGCUGGGCACGUUUGCGGCUCAGAUCAUCAUUGUGGAGUUUGGGGGGAAGCCGUUCAGCUGCUCCGGCCUCACCCUCAGCCAGUGGUUCUGGUGUAUUUUUAUCGGAGUGGGAGAGCUCCUCUGGGGCCAGCUGAUCUGCACUGUCCCAACCAGCCACCUGAAGUUCCUGAAGGAAGCUGGCCAUGGCAUCACCAAGGAGGAGAUCCCAGAGGAGGAGCUGCCUGAAGACGUGGACGAGAUCGACCAUGCUGAAAUGGAGCUGCGGCGCGGGCAGAUCCUGUGGUUCAGGGGUCUCAACAGGAUACAGACACAGAUGGACGUAGUUUACACAUUCCAGACCGGCGCCUCCUCUUUGCAGGGAGCCCUCAGGAGACAGCCUUCCAUCGUGAGCCAGCACCACGAUGUAAAAAAUGUUUCUAGCCCAACCCAUGUAGCUCUUUCCUCCGUCAAUUCCACUCCCACCACUUCUGCUGUUGCUGCUGCUGCUGCAUCUCCUCCUGCGGGCAAUCAAAGUGGUGAAUGCGUUCCGUAGCUCCUUGUACGAAGGCCUCGAGAAACCCGAAUCCAGAAGCUCCAUCCAUAACUUCAUGACUCACCCAGAGUUCAUCCUGGAGGAAGACGAGCCUCGAACACCAUUCCUUGACGGCGCUGAAGACGACCCCGAGACUGACGGACUCAAAAAGCGAGGUGGGGGUAUCCUGGGUGGAUCUACACCCCUCAACAGAAAUAACAAUGCAGUGGACAGCGAUCAAGCUGAGGUCACCGUCCCGGAGCCCGAAAGCCCCUUACACAGCUUGGAGACAUCAGUUUGACCUUAAAACUUUGAAACCCCCCCCUUCUCCUCCUCCACCUUCGCCCCUCGCCCUGUGUGACACCGGCACCAGUAACUGAUCACACACUGCGGUCACUUCGUGUCAAACUGCUCAUACGUAUAUCAUUUUGGUGUUUCAUUUUGGGGUUUUUUUUUUUGUUUUGAUUUGGGUUUUUUGUUUCUUUUUUUUACCAUUGUUUAGCAGUGGGAACCAGAGUACCACGAUGCUGGGUGUUGGGAGAGAGCCUAAGCCAAAACUGUGCAUCUCCAUCCCUCGUUUUCAGUGGUACUCGCCCAAGUGAAGCAGCCAGGUUAUUUCCUCUCCGAGAGUUGGGCUCCAUGUGUCUGUUUGGGGGGGGGGGGGUUUCACUUUGCGAAAUGCAUGUUCAAAGGAAGUUCAAGUUGUUGUAGUCUUACACGCACGUGCUCAGCCUCAGGGCUGGGGCCAUUCGUGACUUUCAUUUUUAUUUCUUCUUUUUCUCUUUUUGUUGUUUUCUUUUGUUCUCCUCCACUUGUGGUUUUUAGGGUUUUCUUCUAAUGUUGGGGUUUGUUCUUUGCUUGUGGGAUUUGCCCCCAGUAACUCCACAGUGGGAAGUGGGGGAGAAAUUAAAAAUAAAUGGAAAAAAAACCCAGCCAGGGGAAGGUGUUUACUCACAGGUUUGACAGAUACAGGGAUGUACACACCAGUCUUCCACCUUGAAAAUGGUACCUAACCUUUGCAGUUCCUCCUCCGUGUGUGUGCGCACACGCUUCUCUCUCUCUCUGUUUCCAAAGCAGUCAUUGGUAGAUAAGGAACGAAGGUGACUUGGCUGUAACCUUGCUGGAGGUAAAAGCUGGUUUCUCUACAAAGCAAGGUGGAGGUGAACUGGCAGUGGAAGGGUGGUGAAGAAAAAACCCAUGGUUGUGAGAAACAGGGCUCCUUCCUGGGGAGUCUUAAGAGAUUCAUCUCUUCUGCUUUUGAAGAGCUGUGAAGGGGAAAGCCUCGCAAAGGUCUAACAGUUCCUGCUACCACGAGCAGAGGGAUUUCUGCCCCUUCUGGCGUGUCUGUACUGUUGGGUUAAAUAAUCCUUUUGCCUUGGAGUACAAGCUCUGGUUAACUGCUGAGGAAGCCCAGAGGAUGCUCCAGCCAUGGCCACCAGCUCUGCGCAUCGCUGCCCGAGCGUUAGCAGGCUGAACGGAGAACAAGCAUCAGGUUAUUGACCCUCCAGUGGGUCAACCUCUCGAUCGUGGAAGGGGUAAGUCAGGUUGACUCUUUAGCCAGUGGAAGGGGAGAAGGCUCUAGCACCCUUGGCAGGACCCUUGAUUUCCAUAGCACUCCUGUGGCUGAUUUGCCAGGGGAGGCAACUCCUGGCAGAGGUGGCAGGUUGGUUGGUUGGCUGCAGGUCUUCCAGCGGAGGUGCUGCAUGGAGGCUUUGCCUUGCUUGCUACUCUCUUGAAGGUCAUCUCUUCACCCUGCAUCCUGCCUCACCUCCGUCUCUUGUCACCAUUUGGAAGGAGUCCUGUCUUAGUGGACCAGAGGCCCCCAGUGUCCUCUGAACUUCACCCUCUUGUGAAGCCAUGGGACUGAGCAGGAGGCAGGAGCUUGCUUUGCUUGGGCUUAGUUUCUUCCCCUUGGGCUCUUGCUGGUGCACCCCUGGUUACUGGCCCCAGGCAGGCAGGCCUGGGGGAAGCUCUGCUGCCUUCACUCCUUCAUCCCGCUUGGCUUGGUUGGAAGCAGAGAGAACCUGGUUGUAACUGGCUGUAGAACAUCAUUGUCUUUGCCCAGCCCCCAUCCCUGGAAGCAGAGAGGUUUGAGCGAGAGGGUGGGCUGGCUGGUUUCUUCUUUCCUUUCCUUUCUGAACGCACAGCAGAAUCUCCCGUGCCUUCUCCAAGCACUGCCUGCAGCACCGCCUGCCACGCGAGGGCCCAGUACUUUGCCAAGAAAUAAGUGUUCCUUACCCACCACCACAAACCAAGUGUCUUUGUUUUGUUUCCAGCCCAGCACCGACUCGUCCCUUCCUUGGGGUGGGAGGAGGGAAGGACGAGCUCACCCCAUUGCUGCCCUGAGGAAAGGUCCUUCUCCCAGGUCUCCUGGCAAAGGGGGUGAAGGCUGGGCUCUACACUGCCAACAGCAAGAAGAAAUUGCCACCACUGCCCAUCUCAAUUGCAAAUUCAGUGUCAAGCCCCCUGCCUGGGCAGGCAAACCCACCGCUGCCCUCCCCGUUCCUUCCACACACGAGCUGAGACCUACCCUGGGCAGGGCAGGGGGGGUAACCCACAAGUGGCGCCAGGAGAGCCAAAAGGGGUGGUUGUGGGGUUUGGGGCUGUGCUAAAGGUGACAUUGCUUCAACGCUCACUUUUUCUAUUUUAAAUAUUUGAGAAAAAAGAAAAAAAAAAAAGGUGAAAAUACGGUGUUCUUACACAUGAAAUAUUUAUUAAAUACUUUUUGGGAGGGAGGGGGAAUGCACCGAUUUUUUUUCUUUUAAUUUUUUUUUUUUUUUUUUAAUACCUCAGACCUGUUGAAAAGACCUAAACCAACAACAAAAAGCCAACUUUGGAGGCUCUCAAAGUCACUCCCAGAAAUCUGUGACUGGCAGGUUGCCACAAGGGUCUGGUUGUUCCUUAGUUGAUCUAUUUUUGUUGUUCUAGUUUCCACAUUGAGGGGGGCGGGGGGGAAAGAAGAAUUCUAUAUAAAUAUUAUGCAAAAAAAACCAAAAAAAAACCAAAAAAAAGAUUAAAAAAAAAGAUAUAGUUUUCUUUAGCUCAGAAACGGAUAUUUUUACGUCAGCCAUAUGUAUUUUGUUUAAAAGACAAAAAACUAACUAAGCCUUGAGUCGCGUGGCUGUGUGACAGCAGUUCACAGGCAGAUGCCAGUCAGCUUCCUUAUCUCCGAGCAGCCAUCUUUAUACUAGAUGUUAGUUGGAUGACACAAAUGGGGUUUUUUUUAUAUAUAUAUAUAUAUAAAUUAUGUUGGUAUGGCUGGUUGCUUAAAGUAUAAAUGUUUAUUGUGCAUACAUCCUUCUUUUUUUUUUCCCUGUAAAGUAUGUUUUCUAUUUAGUUUCUGUGAUAUACUGGCAGCAGGUUGGGUUAAGUUAUUGAGGACGUUACAAAAGAGUUGGGGGAGAUUGGUGCUCUACGUUGAAAGGCAUGGUCAAGCAGCACGAACUUCUGGGGACUCUCUGCAACAUGCCUUGAAAAAGGGGGAAAAAAUAUAUAUAUAUUAUUAUUUUCUGCUUUGUUUGAACUGCCACGAGUGUGCACGGGGGAGAGUGCCAUGCCCGACAGGAACCGAAGUCAUACCCUGUGCUCCGUGUUAACUUGCCUUGGAAUGCUUUGUUAUUAAAACACUCUGAACAUAAUUUUGCAUCCAGUUCUUACUAACAGUAGGGUCGCUGGUGGUGGUGGUGGUUUUCUGUGAAAUAAAUUGGCAGAUUGGUACCAAAGACAUUAUUACACCACGUCCUGUGUGCGUUGCUGAACAGGCAUUUUUAGGCGUUUGCAUUCUGUGAUGAGGUUUCCUUUGAUUUGCACAGGGGUUAUUCUUAAUUUUCAAAGGUUUUGUGCAAUAAGCUUUGAGGAAAAUUUUGAAACAAUCUCAAGAAGGAAAAAAACUAAACCAACUUUUAGCAUGGGCAGCCUUUGGCUUUCCCCAGUCGAGGAGUAGCCAUCCUGUAGUGCUCAGCCCCUUUAGAAAUGCUUCUCGGGGGCGACACAAUGUUGGGGCGAAUGGAAAAGCCCCAUCCCAGCUCCAGGGAUGCUGUUGCCCUCCAUGAACUGCAGGGACCAAGCACCUCAAAGAAGAGUCCCUGCAAGCUUUUGUACCUCUUGGGGAAGGGCAGAUGUACCUGUCUGACAUUGCUUCUCGCUGCUUGGUUCAGCUCCUUCAAGUUUAUCAACUCAUGGAGCACGCAACCCAUAAACCAUCCUCCUGCACCCCAGCUCUCCCCAGUGGGGCACGGUGACGUGGGGGGACGGCUCUCCUAGCUGCAGGGCAAUGCCUGGCUGUUCUUCUCCAGCAUCUCUCUGCCAAGGCUGUCCCUUGCCACCGAGCCAGGCUGAUCUCUGGCUCUCCUGCCUCUGCUAUCCUCCUGCUCAACAAAAGAAUAGAGUUUUCAUUCAGCAAAGCCCAUGGCUAAAACUGCCUUUAGUUUAUUUCCUCCCCUUAAAUAAAUAUAUAUAUAUACAGUAUUAAAUCAACAUUUAUGUGUGUGUAUAUAUAUUUAUCCAAUGCUCUCACAACAAACCUUUCUUUUGAAGAGGGCACACAGACCUGAGGUUUUUUUUUUUUCUUUUCCAGUAACUAAGUAUAAUAAGCACUGGUAUUUUUGUACAAAAAAGAGAAAAAUACAAAACAAAAGACUGACUAUUAUGUGGUAUGCAUGACAUUAAAACAAACAAAAAAAAAAUGGUGGUUUCAAAGCAAUAUGUACCCUGGUGUGUUUGCCAUAUCCUAGAGUCCAGCUUAAAGUGCACCUGAUCUGUAUUGCAUUUUGAUAUUAAUCUCUAUGUACAAUGUUUUGCAUGUAAUUUAUAUGGUUCUUGGGAGAAAAAAACAAAAUUGAAUGAAUUGUCAGUUGGUGGCUUCUGAGACAACAGACUCCAAGCAGAGAUAACACUCCAAGUGGAAGCAAAAGAGUGGUUGAGGGGUGGGAAAAGGGGGUACAUAUAGAAAUAUGAAGCGUGCUGGGGGUGGGGGAGACGGGUCCUGGUUUUGAAUCAAUAAAGCUUUGGCUGUUGAGCA